CCAGUGACCUGAUCUGAUUGGUUCCUGCAGCACCUCAUCAUCACCGCCGGCCAACCAAUCGAGCCUGCGUCACCUGACGUCAGCUCUGCGUGGAGACGCAGUUAAACUCGAUUCAAACUUUGCCUGAGAUUUGUUUCCAUGAUAAGCAGCCCUGUCGCCGUCCGGAGCGCCUGAGAGCGGCUUUAGCUGGCUUUGAAUCCCACAUGAAGCCUUCGGUUUCCCUCUGAGAGAGCCGAGCCGUCCUUCCUGUAGCUUUUUACCGACUCUCCGGCCAGAACGAGACCGCUGGGAGCUGCCCGUGGAGCGGACUUUGACGGCCACAGACACCUGACAGCCACCAUGUCAGGUUUAGCUCUACAGAGCGGGAACCUGCAUGGUCUGGAUGAGGGCGACAUUCUGGAUCCGGAGUUCCAGCAGCGUCUGGAGGACGCUCGGACUCUCCUCAGGCAGGAGAUCCAGAGAGAGCUGAAGAUCAAGGAGGCGGCCGAGAGGCUGCGGAGAGCCGUCACCAACAGGAAGAGCGCGGCCAACGUGGAGGGUCAGCUGAAGGCCUCGAGACGCAAGCUGGAGAAGCUGCACUGGGAGCUGCAGGAGCUCAACGCACGGUCCAUGGCCACGGAGAAGCAGAGCACCACAGGUUCCUCUGAUGAAGUGGACCAUCAGGCAGCAGAGUCCUGUCAGUGGGAGGAGGCCACAUCACCUCUGGUCGGUCGAGUCCGGACUCUGAAGAAACAGCUCACCAUGGAGACUAAAGUCAAACAGGGAGCAGAGAACAUGAUCCAGACCUACAGUAACGGCUCCGUAAAGGACAGGAAAAUGCUCUCCACGGCACAGCAAAUGUUGCAGGACAGCCGCACAAAGAUCGAGCUGCUCCGGAUGCAGAUCAUCAAAGUCAGUCAGGCCAGAGACGAAGAGCGGGAAGGACCACAGGGUCAGCCCGAUGAGACGGUUGGCUCUCUGGAGCAGCGUGUGGCCGAACUCAUGCAUCACAUGAAGAUCGAAUCAGCCGUCGCUGAAGGAGCUAAAAAUGUGGUGAGGCAGCUGAGCGGGAGGAAGAUCCAGGACCGCAGGAUACUGGCUGAGGCUCAGGCCCGGAUGGAGGAGUCGUCUCAGAAGGUGGAUUUGUUGCGUCUCUCUCUGGAGCAGCGUUUAGCUGAGCUUCCUCUGGAUCAUCCCAAACACGCUGCCAUCAGAGAGGAGCUUGUGUCGGGAACGUCUCCUUCAGUAGGAACACCCAAGAAACAAUCCAAAGCCCUUUCUUCUUGCUCGUCUUCCUCCUUCUUCAAACCAGCAAGUAUAACAGGGCGUCUGGAGGUGUGUCUGAAAGGCUGCCAGGACCUGUUGGAGGACGUCCCGGGCCGUAGUCGUGUGACAAGUGUCUCUACGCCGAAUCCCUCAGAGGGGAAGUCUCUGAAGGUGAGAGCCGGUCUAUCAGGACGCAGCACCAACGGAAAAACCAACAAGACCGACGAACUCUCCUCUGAGGUGAGCGUGGUGCUGAAGGUGGACAGCAGGAUCGUCGGUCGAACUCACUGGAGACAGCCGGGGAAUGAAGCCUGGGACCAGAGCUUCAGCAUCGAACUGGAACGGUCCAGGGAGCUGGAGAUCGCCGUGUACUGGAGAGACUGGCGAGCACUGAGCGGCGUGAAGUUCCUGCGGCUGGAGGAUUUCCUGGAUAACCUCCGACACGGGAUGUGUCUGCAGCUGGAGCCUCAGGGCAUCCUCUUCAUCGAGGUCACCUUCAUCAACCCGGUCAUCGAGCGGCGCUCCAAACUCCAGAGACAGAGGAGGAUCUUCCCCAAAGAGAAAGGGAAGAACUUCCUGCGUGCCGCUCAGAUGAACAUGAACUUUGCCACAUGGGGCCGUUUGAUGAUGAGCAUCCUUCCUCCCUGCAGCUCUCUGGACCCCAUGAGCCCUCCGUUAGCCGGCCCCAACCCGGGCUCUGCAUCCUCCAUCACGUCUCCUCCGAGAGAACAUUCAGCGGUUAGUCUGAACUUCACUGAAGAACAAAUGGGUCGAUCUCCGCAGCGCACGAGAAAGAGCACCAAAGACUCUCCUCUGAGUCCUCCUGAGAGUAAGAACCCAAAGCCAAGGAGACAACCUUCAAUCCAGCCCACACCACGGAGAGAUGAAGGUCUUCAGCUGGAGGACUUCAACUGUAUCUCAGUGCUGGGACGAGGUCACUUUGGAAAGGUGCUGCUCGCUGAGUUCAAGAAGUCAGGGAAACUUUACGCCAUCAAAGCUCUGAAGAAAGGAGACGUGGUGACCCGAGACGAAGUUGACAGCCUGGUGUGUGAAAAGCGGAUCUUUGAAGUGAUCAACGCCGCCCGUCAUCCGUUCCUGGUGAACCUGUACGGCUGCUUCCAGACGGCAGACCACGUGUGCUUUGUGAUGGCGUACUCGCCAGGAGGAGACCUCAUGACGCACAUCCACACAAGCAUCUUCACGGAGAAACAGACGCUGUUUUAUUCUUCCUGCGUGCUGCUCGGACUCGAGUUUCUCCACCAGCACAAAAUCGUUUACAGGGAUCUGAAGCUGGAUAACCUGCUGAUGGACGCAGACGGCUUCGUCAGGAUCGCAGACUUCGGAUUGUGCAAAGAAGGUAUGGGUCACGGGGAUCGAACCUCCACCUUCUGUGGCACACCAGAGUUUCUGGCCCCGGAGGUUCUGACGGACAACAACUACACCCGCUGUGUGGACUGGUGGGGGCUGGGAGUCCUCAUCUAUGAGAUGCUGGUGGGAGAGUCUCCGUUCCCAGGUGACGAUGAGGAGGAAGUGUUCGACAGCAUCGUCAACGAUGACGUGCGAUACCCUCGUUUCCUUUCCCCUGAGUCUGUGUCGCUCAUCCAGAAGCUGCUGCAGAAGAAUCCUGAGAUGAGACUCGGAGCCGGAGAGGAAGACGCUGCUCAGAUCAAGAAACACAAAUUCUUCCAGACGAUGGACUGGAGCGCUCUCCUGUCGAAGAAGCUGAAACCUCCGUUCCUCCCGGUCAUCCGAGCGCCGAAGGACGUCAGCAACUUUGACGAGGAAUUCACCCGCCUCAAACCGGUCCUCACGCUCCCUCGGACCACCUGUGUCCUCACCGAGGAGCAGCAGGAGAUCUUUGCUGACUUUGACUUUUCUUACAUGAGAUGACCAAAGUGUUCACCGCUCACUGCUGCUGCCUCAUCAUCAUCACCAUCACCAUCAUCAUCAUCAUCAUCACGUCACUUUAGUCUGCCGUAAAGUGAUUCGACCAAAGAGAAACACCAGUCCUGCCUUUUUCAUGUCCGUGCAGCUCAAUAUUUCCACGUCGUUUAUCCGUUUACACCAAACACCUGAUCCUGCACUUUGAACUCAACAAGCAUUUAAUAUUUUUAACAUUUUGUCUCUUUUCAAACAUUAAACUAGAAUCAGAUGAUUUUAAACUUGGCCCACAGUUUCCACAUUUUGUGGUCUAGAUGACUCGUUCCUCCUGGAGCCGUGAAACAGGCUGUAAUGUCUGCAACUUAAUCCUUGAUGGAUCAAAGUGAGUCCACUAACAGGUCUCCUUUUUGUCCCUGACCGGCUCAGGUUGUUAUUCUAACAUUACAGAAAGGAUCCCUGCAGAGAGAGAGCUUUAUGAGGAAGAGAAAGAUGAUUUAUAACCACACACAAACGAUGCAUCUCUCUCUUUAAAGACAAAAAAACAGAUUUGACCGCAAACAACACGACCUCCUGGUCGACCACUUCCUCAUUUGUUCAAGUUUGUUUGUGUUAUUGUGAGACUCGGUUUCAAACGGGAGAACUGAUCCAACUAGAUGUUUUUGUAACGAACAGUAACUCAUAAAAACUCCCUAAUCGAGGGAGUGGUAAACAAGCAACUUCCGUGGAGUUUGUAGGCUUCAAUACCUAACGUCAUCCUCUUCUUCAUAACACUCUCUCUCUCUCUCUGCAGACUCUUAGAAUAACAACUUGAGCCUAUCAGGAUCAAAAGUAAGAACUGUUAGUGAACUCACUUUGAUCCAUCGAGGAUUAUGUUGCAGACUGUACAGCCUGUUUCUCUGCUGCAGGAGGAAACAAACUCAAAACAUCCUUAAGUUUAAGAUCAAAUGUUUUAAAUGAACCGUCUCUCUCUCUGUGCAAUAAUAAGUCUGUUUGAUAUGUUUGAUAUUUCUCUGCAUCGCCCUCUCGAUCCAAAGUGUAAAUAUAUUUGACGAGUGUUGAAUGUUUUCUUUUUGUAUGUUUCCUGAUGACUUUUAACACUAUCAUAUAGAACAAACCAGCCUGUGUGUGAAGUGUAACCGACAUGAAGGAGAAGUAUGAAUGAAUAAAUUUAAAUAUCUGCUGGACCUUUAAAGAGCC